UAGUGGUGAAAUGGAAUGCUCCCUCCGACAAUGGAUCAAAGAUCACCUGCUACAUGCUCGAGUACGACCAGGGUAACGAUGGCCAAUUCGUGCCAGUGUUCACGGGGCUGCAGAAGCAGUUCAAGGUGUCCAAGCUGGCUGCCUCAACUGUCUACAGUUUUCGUUUGGCCGCAACCAAUGCAGUGGGCACCAGCCCGUGGAGUGGUGUGAGCCGAUUCACGACGUGUGGUGCUGCUCCUCCAGCCCCGGAACCACCAAAGGUGCUGCAAGUGACUUGCUCCACGGCGACACUAGAGUGGAAUGCCCGGCCCUGUGAUGACUCCUACACUCUCUCCAUAGAGCAGGAAGGAUCGCAACAUGGCUUCUUGCCAGUUUACAAUGGGUCUGACACCAAGUUCACCUGUACACGUCUUGUCCGUAAGACCGAAUACAGGUUUCGGCUGGUCGCCCACAAUGAAGAGGGCUCAAGCGGGCCGAGCCGUGUCGGAAACCUUCAAACUCUGGCCGAUCGCCCGGGAAGGCCAUCCCGCCCCUCUGCUAAGGGACGCGUCCACAGCAAUCACUUCGUUGCAGCUUGGGAUGCACCUAAGGAUGAUGGUGGUGCACCUGUCACUCAGUAUUGCUUGCAGAUGGAUUCUGGAAAAGGAUUUGAUGCGGUGUACACUGGCUCGGAACGGGAGGCAACGUGUUCUGGCUUGGAACCUGGUUCUUCAUACAGGCUCAGAGUGAACUGCACAAACUGUGGAGGCACCAGUGAUUUUUCGGAGGUGUCUACAGUUGUAACAACGGCCCUGUGCCCUGGAAUGUGCGACCCUCCUCGACUCCACGGGAAACCCAAAGCCAUUUCGGCGCACCUGCGAUGGGGAGCAGCGUCAUCAACGGGUGGUGCUGCCGUGACGGCGUACGAGCUCCAGGUGUCCGAGGAGGAUGACAGCCAGUCACGAGUGGCUUACCGAGGCCCUGACAUGGACUGCACGGUGGCAGGCCUCUCGCCAGGCCGUACCUAUCUGUUCCGUGUGCGGGCGGUCAACUCGGUCGGGAAUUUUCUCUAG